UUGUAAUCAAAAUUUGAGCUAACUCUUUGAACUAGCGAGUUAGUGGUCUGGAAGCGGGAGUCAAGCGCGAGUCUGCUUGCAUGCCAUGCCAGUGCAACCUCUCCCUCCCGAUCCAACGCCAACCUCAGCCGUCGUCUCCGCCUACAAGCCCACCCACUGCCUUCGCCCCCCCCCGCCGGUCACGCGCGCUGCCUGCCCCUGCCAACGCUGCGGCCACGCGCGCCGCCUGCCUCAACUGGGAGGUCGUGCUGUUCAUCGGCGGCGAGGCCCGUGAGCCACCACGGUUGCUAACUCCAGCAACCUCCCCCGACCUUCGGAUUGAGCCCCAUCCUCCCCCGAGGGCGCCCCCCUUCGGACCGAGCAACAGGUCUUGGCGGCGGCGGGAGGCAAGCUGCAGAGGUGGGAGACGGGGAAGGGAAGAGGUUGAUUCUGAUAGCAUGAGUACUGUCGCCGGUGCACAGAGCGCCUCAAGGGGGCAAUCACAAGAUGGAUCUGCUGAUAAAGUUGUUGUGAACUUGGAUGGAAGCUCAUCAGUGGCGGGGAACCGUCGUGGGGUGUCAACCUCCACUGGUUCACGCGCAUCACCUAUUGAUGUCGAAGCUCUCCACGAUGAACUGCAGAUAAUAUUGCCUUCACAAGUGCCUCCCCUGAGGUGGAAUCGGAGAAGUAGAAUGCAACUUAACACAUACAUUGAUCUGGAGGUAGAUGCUGACUGGGAAGGGAACAAACGCCAAAGGCCUACAGAAAGGGGAGAGGGGUCCAGCCUGCAGUCAAACAAUGUGGUGGAAACUAAGGAAGAGCCUGUUAAGGUGGCUCCAAAGGAACCAACUUAUACUUGUCCGGUGUGCUGGGGCGAGUUGGUGGAGCCAUCAUCAACUAUCUGUGGCCAUAUCUUCUGCACCGAUUGCAUCAAGCAAUCCCUCGAGUUUCAGAAGAAAUGCCCUACAUGCCGCAAGAUACUGAGAAAGAACAAUUUUCAUCGUAUUUACCUUCCAAACUCUCAUGUUGAAGGUCCAUCGGAAGCGUGCCGAAGGGAAUUGUAGUAACAUCUUCCUGUGAAAUUUGUUCUCAGCUCGGGCGCUUCAGCGCGUCAAUUCUUUAGAUGUAUCAUUGCUGAAAAACUUGUAGCAAAUGCCGAGAUAGAAAGUUUGAUUGAAUUUGAGUGGUGCAUGUAUUAGAUGGUUAAUCCAUGUAACUGUGGUUAGCUUGAAUCUGGGUAAUAAUGGUGGAAUUGGAAUGUACUGGACUAUUGCUUUUCAGUGCCUUGCCUGGUA